GAGAAAGUGAGGAAAAAUAAAACAUGACGAAGCCGGAGAGGAACAAGGAAGACAGCCAAAAAUCUCAUGUAAUUGAAGUCACAAGUUGUCAUGCGUACUUAGCAUGAUAGAAGGGGAAGUGGCUGUAUAACAGUGCUGCUCUGUUGCCGCCUGUGUCCCUACACCCAGCUAAACUUUGCCUUUUUUCUUACCUUUCGCGCAUUAAACUUUCACUAAAGCGUUAUGAAAGUCAGCUUUUGUCGCGUGCCUUUGUUGACAUUAAUUUAUCCUUGAUGAAUCCGUAUGGGAGUCUUUCCUAGUGUAAUUGAGGACACGUUAUAACAGUGGAAGCGGCAAUAAGUUGAAAAUGUAUUACUAGGAGGAGUAAGAGAACACCAUGGCAGACAGAAGGACUUUCAACGUUGUGAUUUUGGGGUUGGGAUUUCUAUUCAUUUUUACCGCCUUCACCACCUGUGGGAAUGUUGAACAAACUGUAGUGAAAAGCCUGCAAAACAACACAUUCACUGGGAGUGGGUACCACAGUCUUGGAAUCAUCUAUGGAGUCUUUUCGUUCGCCAAUUUACUUGCACCAACAGUUGUUGCUGUAAUUGGACCAAAAUGUACUAUGUUUCUGAGUGGCCUACUUUACAGUGGGUACAUUGCUGUGUUCAUCAUCCCUUCAACAUGGUCCUUCUAUUUGACCUCUGUGCUGAUCGGCAUAGGAGCAGCCAUGCUGUGGACGGCUCAAGGACACUUUCUGGUGGAGAACUCCGAGGCCUCCACCAUCAACAGGAACACAGCAGUGUUUUGGGCUCUCUUACAGUGCAGCAUGCUGUUUGGCAAUCUCUACAUUUAUUUUGACUGGAAUGGGAAAACAGAGAUAUCAGACGGCAGCAGGAAAAACAUUUUCCUGUCCCUGCUGGUCACCUCGGUGCUCGGCACACUCAGCUUCCUGGUGCUGAGGAAGAGCCAUAAUGCAGAGGAGCUGCUCUCUGAAGAGGAAGGGCAGUCGCUGCUCUCAACUCGCAUGAUGUAUAAGCACAGAGCCAACUCUGCCGUGCAGGAUGCCAAAUUGGAAUUCAAAACCAUGCUGCAACUUCUGAAGACUAAGACUAUUCUGCUCCUGAGUCCCUGCAUGGCAUACAGCGGCCUGGAGCUAUCUUUCUACAGCGGAGUGUAUGGGACGUGUAUCGGGGCGACAGCACAAUUUGGGGAAGCCGCUAAAGGCUUGAUUGGGAUCUCUGGCAUUGUGGUAGGCAUUGGUGAAAUUGUGGGUGGAGGCUUGUUUGGAUUGUUGUGUAAAAACAACCGCUUCAGACGGACCUCCGUGGUGUUUCUGGGAAUGGUCGUCCAUUUCGUUGCCAUCUAUUUGAUCUUCCUCAACAUCCCAGAUGACGCCCCUGUCGUCUUUUAUACCAGCACUCAAAGUAAACCAUAUUUAGCUCCCAGCGUCUCCAUCGCCCUGCUGUGCAGCUUCCUGCUCGGACUCGGGGACAGUUGCUUCAACACGCAGCUCUACAGCAUAUUAGGCUGUGUUUAUGCUGAGCAGAGCGCGCCUGCUUUUGCCAUCUUCAAAUUCAUCCAGUCUGUUUUUGCAGCGGUGGCGUUCUUCUACAGCGGGUACCUCCUGCUGAAGUGGCAGCUCCUGCUGAUGGUCAUCCUAGGCUUCACCGGGACGCUCUGUUUCUUCGUGGUCGAGCGGGUGCAGAACCUGUCAGCAAACCUCCAGGAAUAUUAGACACAAGACAAUUCCACAUCAGCAAGGAUUUUUAAAAAUGUUUUAGUGGGAAGAACUACAGCCAUCAGAGGAACAAUCCUUCAUGUUUUAUUUCAUCAGGAGUCAUCUGACAAUCUUUUAGUAUGCACUAAAGGUCAUAAACAUUGGGAUAACGUCAAAGUAGUUUGAGUUAUUGCAACAAGAGAAACCGAGUUGCCUUUAGAACAUUUGAAUCGCGUUACAUGGUUAUCGUGGAUCGUACCUUUGCACUCUGUUCUAUGAAUCCCCACACUAAACAACAUUCUCGUUAUUCAUUAACAUUAUUUUCCUCCUGCACCGUUGAUGUUAUUGUAGCAUUAUAAAUAUAACCACUCACCUUCUUUUGUACUUAUUUAGCGUUGCUUCCAGCUCAGGUUUGUUAUUGAAGUAUGGUUAAAAACAUUUUAUUCCAGUUACUUUAAAAGCCGUUCAUAAUUUCUCAGAGCAAUGUUAGAAAUGUAAAAUUCAUGUAAAAUUGUUCCUGUCAUGUUUGAGUUUGAUAUUAACUAAUUAAUGCCUGACAAUCCUUGUUCUUAACCUUUUUUUUUCUCGUAAAUUUUGCAUAUUUUCAAUGUUGUUUAUCUUGAUAAAUAAAAUUGUCUUCAUUUUC